UCACGAAUUAUCUUGUCUAUCUGGCUGAAGCGUUUUGCUAAUUAGAAUCUGCUGGUUUAGAUAAUGGUUGGAACAAACAUGUGGUAAGUAAGACGCUCACUUUCUGACGCGGAGUCAUCCAUCUCUGUCCAAAUGAGCGAGCAGGAACAACACAUUCAAGAAAAAGGGGUUAACAUUGAAAUAAUAACCAUGUGGUUGCAUCACUUGUUUACUUGCCCCCUAUGAUCAUAGGGUGGACGGUCACCUUUUGGCCAGACCCCCAGGCUGUCUUGUAGGCCUACAUGCAGAGCCUUUUCUGAAACAUGGACAUAAGCCGUGCAAAUUCUCUAUCUUAUGAAGAUUUUGUGAAUACGUUUGAAAACGUUAUUGAAAAAGCUCCUCUGGUAGCGGCCGCGGUAUGGUCACACCGUCCAUUUGCCAACUUAUCAGAAUUAGAGGCCCGUAUUGUUGAGUUCAUCGACAAGCUACCGGAAGAAGGUAAAGAGGGAAUUCUCAGGUGUCAUCCCGACCUGGCGGGCAGGGACCUCCAGAGAGGCACGUUAACCCGAGACUCGCAAGAUGAGCAGAGCCAAGCUGGCAUGGCCUCACUGACUCCCGAGGAGACCGAGCGAAUGUACAGGCUCAAUACCGAGUAUAAGCGACGUUUCGGCUUCCCAUUCAUCAUAUGUGCCAAAAUGAACGACAAAGCAGCUAUUCUGCGCAAGCUGGCCGAGCGUUCUGGGAACGACCUCGCCAAGGAGAGAAAGUGCGGUAUUGACGAGGUGAAAAAGAUCUGUAGUCUUCGGCUCCGCAACAUUGUGUUGCCCGACACUCAACACAAGCUGUAACUCUCCGUUACUUUCAGCCUAAAUAAGCCUUCUCUCAAAGACUCAUGGAAUCCUGUGAAGUUGCCCUUAUAACGGUCACGUAAUGGUCAGACGUAUUGAUUGAUGUUAUGGGCGACUCUAUGGGAGACCCCUUCAAGUCGGUUAAGCAUGUCCCUGUCAGUAAUAAAGUAACCUUGAAGAUG